AUGCUUGCUGGGUACAUGAUGCCCGGACACCCCUUGGCCAACAUGUACUUCAAGACUUAUAGUUACAAUGCCCUGAGUCAAGGAUGGCUGCUGCUCCGUGAUCUAAAGCUAGCCCAGCAGAACAAACUGUCUUCGAAAGCUACUUUUGUCACCCAAGUCAUUGGCUGCAUCAUGGGAGCCCUUCUUAACUAUGUUACGAUGAUAUCGAUUGUCCAAAACCAAGCAACCAUUCUUGAGUCCGCUGAGGGUACCAACAUCAGGUCUGGAGCCCAAAUCCAGCAAUUCAACACUCUCGCCAUUGCUUGGUCCAUUGCUCCCAAGAUGUUCUCUGUUGGCGCUCGCUACGAAUGGGUCACCAUCGCAUUCUUAAUCGGCUUCAUUACUCCACUGCCUUUCUACAUUAUGCACCGUCACUUCCCACAACAGCGAAUUUGGCCGUACUUGAACACGUCCAUUAUCCUAUGGUACCUUGGAUACCUGUUUGUGGGUCUUAACGCGUCUCUCACGAGCUACUACAUCCUCGGUGCCUUCGGUCAAUUCUAUCUGCGACGUUAUCGACCACAAUAUUUCGUCAAGUGGAAUUACCUCAUCUCUGCGGCACUAGACGGAGGCACUCAAGUCAUGGUGUUCUUGGCCACUUUUGCCGUCUUUGGUGGGUCCGGAAAAUCAGUGCCCUUCCCAACAUGGGCAGGUAAUCGUACGGACCAUUAUGACUAUUGUGCGUACAAUGCUCUGAGUUGA